AUGAGCUCCAUAAAGGAUUCAGUAACUGUGAACGAAGAUGACGCAAAUUUAUUUGUCUUGAUUAUUGAUACAAAUCCAAUGAAUUGGACAAAGGUAGCAAAUAAACAAACUAUGGGAAAAUGCCUGACUUUACAGCAGAUUCUACGUCAACUUCUGGCGUUUAUAAACGCUCAUUUAGCAUUAAAACAUGACAAUGAAGUAGCAGUUAUUGCAAGUCACAUUGGUGUUAGGCAGAAGACUCGAAGGUCUCAUGGUGACUCAGAUCAAUCAAGCAAUUCAAAUAUGUAUCAAAGAUUUCGAGUUAUCGAUGAUCAAGUGACUUCAAAUAUGAAAGCAUUGUUUGAAAAUGAAGCUUUAAAAUCAUGCCCAGAUAAAGAUGUUUGUAAGAUUUCAGAAAGUGAUAAUUCAGUAUUUCUACAGCAAGCAUCACAUAUAACUGGAGGGAGAUAUCUUAGGCUUUCUAUAGAUCAAUCUCGAGGAUUUUUGCAUUUUUUGAUGAAAACUUUUCUUCCUGAUAGAUUUGUCCGAAGACACCUUUGUUUACCAGGAGAUGAAAAAGUUGAUUUUGGUGCAGCUUGCUUUUGUCAUAAAAAAACAAUUAAUAUUGGAUAUGUGUGUUCAGUUUUUUAUUGUCAACCAUUAGAAGAAUGUUCAACUUGCAGGUCUAAAGUUGCUAAUGGUGUUAAAAGAUCGAAGACAAAUGAAUCUUCAUAA